AUGCAAUCAAAUUCCUCUUCCUCUCUCAACAUAGUAUCCUCUGUAAACUCCUCUUAUGCCCUAUCCUCUCCUUCCGACAGUGCUGAAAUCCCUUCUAAAUCUAGCCCAAUGGUAGGCUACUGGAAGCUUAGGAGCACACGCGGCCUUUCGCGAACAUCUAGGGAUAAUGUUACUGGGUCUCUUGUCUCCACUCCUGCCUUACUUUCUAUCCGUUCAUCGCCUUUAUCGUCAUUGCCAGACUCAAAUACAAUCAGCUCGGUAUCCACCAGUACUUCCUGUGUCAACUUUGAUGCUGGGCCUGUCUUAGCAAUAGAUGGUAGUGCCGAUGUCCUCUUCACUCCUAUUCUUUCUACUACUACCCCCGACAUUUCUGCCAUUAAUAAGGCUGCUUUCCCUUCUGCAUCAACUAGCAUCAACAGUCACUGCCAACAUGCUACAUCCUCCGUUUUAUCAGCAAUCUCCUCGACCGCUCCCCGCGUCAUUUCUCCUUUCUUUCCCCAAUCUUCUAUCUCGAUCCGCCCCAGUGUGACUUCGAUACACGAUACGUUUCCACAGGAGGUCUGCCAUUCAUUUCCUUUCGAGCUGAGGUAA